UUCGUUGACACACUCCAAAGCAUUCUUACCACCACAUAUCCCGAUCGACAGGACACUUCAUACACAACAGCCACCAUGCAGUUCUCACGCUCUUUCCUCGUCGCGCUCCUUAGCGCUCCCUUCCUCGCUUCGGCGGAAGUCGCAUUUACCCUGAACAGCACCUUUGCGCCCACUGCUGGAGAGCCCGUUGAUCUCACUUGGUCAGGAUCCUCCUCUGGAACUGUCACGCUUGUCCUGCGCAACGGAGCCAGCAGCGACCUCAACAAGGGCACCGUCAUUGCCGCCGACGCUCCCAACAACGGCGAGUACACCUGGACGCCUGACGCGGAUACCGUUCGCGGCUCCGACUACGCUCUUCAGAUCAUCAACAACGCCGACCCAUCCGACAACAACUACUCGGCCUACUUCGUCCUUGAGAGCGACAACACUGUUCCUUCUCAAGCGUCUACCGUCUCCAACCCUGCCUCGACUUCCCCGCCUAGCUCGACUCUCUCUGGUUCUUCCACCGGCUCAAUGUCCACUGGCAGCAUGACCCGCUCCGCCUCAAUGACCGGUACCGCCUCAAGAUCGAGCCAGACCGCCACGACCAACAGCGACCUCAACGCCGGCGGUCAGACCAGCUCCAUGCCCGCUGCUGGUGCUCGCGCCACUGCUGCGGUCGGUGUCCUCGGUGCCGUCGCUCUUGCCGCCAUGGCACUCUAAGUUCCGAGCGAAUGAUGCGAG